AUGGCCGUGUCCAUCGAUCCAGCCGACUACAAUGUCAGAGCGAAGAGCGUCCGAGGCCCGGUCCCCGUGUUCGACCGCUCCAAACACGCGCACGUCAUCGAGAACUGCCACUGCUACCUGUGCCAGGUCGAAGUGGGACCGAAGUCGAAACAUUGUAGCGCCUGUAACAAGUGUGUGGCGAACUUCGACCAUCACUGCCGGUGGCUCAACAACUGUGUGGGCAGCAGGAACUAUAAGUUGUUCCUCCACAGUGUGAUCUCAGCUCUUUUGGGAGUUUGUCUCAUUCUUGUUGUCGCCUCCUACGUCUUCAUCGAGUUCUUUCUGGACCCCACUAAACUCCGCACCGACAAACACUUUCUGGAAAUCAAGAAGUGGAAGCUGAGGAUCGCAAGGGGAAAGAAGGGUGAUUAAAGUGACUGAAUGCAGCAUGGUUGUUUGUGUCAGGUGGGCUGGUCUGAGUAGUUUGUUUCCUACACAAACCAUCUGUGGGUUUACUGGGAUGGGUU